AUGAAGCUUCAAUGGGCCGGGCUCCUCUUUGGGGUUUCCAUUGGCGGAGUCAAUGGUAUGGCUGAAUACAUGCACGAGGCUAUGAGAGGAGAGCGUGUCUCUGGCUAUGGCAAAUCCGACAACAACCCCCAAUGGGUACCGGAGUUCAAAGAUGAAUCUCCUCCAUACCAAAGCUACCGAAUCCCCCGUCAAGACUGGACCUUGACAUGCAGCAGCUCUGCUGCUCGCUACCCAUGCAAAUAUGCCAUCGAUGGCAAGAACACUACUUCCUGGCGCAGCGACCCCUCCAACAAUGGACAUACUCUUAUUGUUGAUCUUGGAGCGUGGUACCAAGUGAGCGCCGUCGUUGUCCUUCCUCCAACUGAUACGGGCACGGAAGGCCUCAUUACCCAGCACAAGAUCUGGGUCAGCGAAGAUCAUGAGAAGUGGGCGGAGCCUGUUGCAUAUGGAAUGUGGCCCAAUACAAACAGACAGCGAAUGUCUGCGUUUGAACCAUCAUCUACCCGAUACUUGAGAAUCACGGCCGAUGCCGACCGUGAGAAUCCUUGGGUCGGUAUCGCUGAACUGAACAUUUAUGGAACUCUGUACACCAUUCCUCGUGACCCUGCUCUCGGUGUCUGGGGGCCAACUCUUGAUUUCCCUAUUGUGCCUGUCUCCGGUGCUCAGGAGGGAUCUGGCAGGCUUGCUCUCUGGUCCUCGUGGGCCGACGACCAAUUCCACUCGACUCCGGGAGGCAAGACCGUUAUGACCCGAUGGAACCCAUUGACCGACGAGGUCUCUAAACGCACUGUCAGCGAAACCCACCACGACAUGUUCUGCCCGGGCAUUUCUUAUGAUGGCACCGGCAUGAUGGUUGUUACUGGUGGCAAUGAUGCCUCGGAGACUAGUCUCUACGAUUCUGCCAAUGAUAAAUGGAUUCGCGCAACCGAAAUGAAACUCCGUCGUGGAUACCAGGCGUCUACAACUCUCUCCGAUGGACGUGUCUUCGUCAUCGGAGGUUCAUGGGCUGGAGGUUCGAAUGUUGCUAAGGAUGCCGAGGUUUACGACCCUGCUACCCGAAACUGGACUAUGCUUCCUGAAGCCAAGGUCAGCCACAUGUUGACUAAGGAUAUGGAAGGUCCUUGGCGAGCGGACAACCAUGGCUGGCUCUUCGGCUGGAAGGACCUGAGUAUCUUCCAAGCCGGGCCUAGCAAGCAGAUGAACUGGUACUCCGCUCAUCACAAUGGAGGUGUUAAGGAGGCAGGGCUUCGUAUGGACGAUGAGGAUUCUAUGUCCGGCAACGCAAUCAUGUUCGAUGCCGUGAAGGGCAAGAUCCUCACGCUCGGUGGCUCUCCUGACUAUGAUAAAUCGCCGGCCACGAACGCCGCCCACAUUAUCACGAUCGGCGAACCGGGUCAGAAGCCGAAGGUUGAACCGGCCGGAGGAGGCACUAUGCACACUAAGCGUGUCUUCCACACUACUGUCGUUCUCCCCGAUGGAAAAGUCGCCAUCUUCGGCGGCCAGACGUUCGGCGUUGCAUUUAAUGAGGAAAACGUCCAAUUCGUCCCGGAAAUCUAUGACCCUAAAACCAACACUUUCACGAAGUUGCAGCAGAACAAUCUUGUGAGAGUAUACCACACCGUGUCAAUCCUCCUCCCGGACGCCCGGGUGUUGAACGCAGGCGGUGGUCUUUGUGGCAAUUGCACAGCCAACCACUAUGAUGGCCAGAUCUUUACCCCUCCCUACCUCCUGACUCCUUCAGGUCAGCCCCGGCGCCGUCCUAAGAUCAUCUCAGGACUGAAAGAUUAUGCCUCGGUGGGCAGUACCUUGACAUUCGAAACCGAUGAUGAUAUCUCCACAGCUUCCCUGGUCCGUCUGGGUACCGCCACCCACACUGUUAACACUGAUCAACGCCGCAUUCCACUUGAUGUUACUCGUGACUGGCGCUUCUGGAAGUCGAUCUGGAAAACUACCCUGCCAAAAGAUUCGGGUAUUCUAAUUCCUGGAUACUGGAUGCUGUUCGUUAUGGACCGGAAUGGCGUGCCUAGCAUCGCGAAGAUCAUGAUGAUUGGCUUGGACAGCACGAAGACCAUCGAUGCUGCGCAGGAUCCGUUAGGCAUGAUGGAGGCUCAGAACAAUCUUGACUCGUUUAUGAGGAUCGAGUUGCUGAAAAGAAAGUGGUUUUGAGGCAAGCUGGUAUUUUGGAAGAGUCCGAAAUUUGAUAUAGCGUCAUUUUAGGUCUCUUGCAGUAAAUACAGUGUUGAGGACUUUCACAUAGGUGUAAGGAGUAGAAUCUAAAAACUUACCUCAAAAAA